AUGUCUACAGAUGGUCGCUUCCGCAUGAACUUACCAAGUGAACAAGGCGUGACUGAAGCCAAUAAAGCAUUUUUAGCAAAACGUGUGGUACAUUUUGAUUAUGACAGUAGUGAUCUUUCCAAUGAUGACUACCAAACACUACAAGCACAUGCGCAGUUCUUGAUUGCCAAUGCCAACUCUAAAGUGGCAUUAACAGGUCAUACAGAUGAACGUGGUACGCGUGAGUACAACAUGGCUUUAGGUGAGCGUCGUGCUAAAGCCGUUGAAAGCUACCUGAUCACCAAUGGUGUUAAAGCAAACCAAUUAGAAGCGGUAAGCUACGGUAAAGAAAUGCCAAUCAAUGCUGGUCAUGAUGAAGCUGCUUGGAAAGAAAACCGCCGUGUUGAAAUCAACUACGAAGCCGUUCCUCCUCUUUUAAAAUAA